CAUGGUAAAAUAAUUGGUUGACAUCUCCAGUUCCUUUCAGGGAGCAGUUUUGAUGACUGAGCAGUGGGGAAUGCAGGAGGAGGAGUAGUCUCGCCCUCAGCUAAGAGUUCCAGUGAAGUGCAAUUGUUCUAAUGAAUGUUUUAGGCUCGUCUACAACAGCAUGGUUCACUUAAAAUCAGUGGAAUGUUGGCUUAAGGGAGAGAAAAACAGACUGGCUGCUUUUAAACACAACAGUCGAGGGACGGGACACCCAACAACACACAGCUCCUCCUGCAAGUCUCUGCUGCUGCUGGUCUCCUGACUGCUUUCCCCGCACUCCUCCACGUCUCAGUCAUGUCUGUGUCAGACAGCUCCCUCCUGUCUAAGGCCCUGCGUCAGCACUACCUCACCCUCCCCCAGGGCAAGAAGUGCCAGGUGACCUACGUCUGGAUUGAUGGGUCCGGGGAGGGCCUGCGUAACAAGGCCCGAACCCUAGAGGAAGAGCCCAAGAGCAUCAAAGAUAUCCCCGAAUGGAACUUUGAUGGCUCCAGCACCGACCAGGCAGAGGGCUCCAACAGUGACAUGUUCCUCAUCCCUGUCUGUAUGUUCAAGGACCCCUUCACCUUCGACCCCAACAAACUCGUCCUGUGUGAAGUUCUCAAGUAUAACCGCAAACCUGCAGAGACUAACCACCGCCGCAAAUGCAGUCAGGUGAUGGAGCGUGUAAGUGAGCAUCACCCAUGGUUUGGGAUGGAGCAGGAGUAUACCCUCCUGGGGAUGGAUGGACACCCCUACGGCUGGCCCAAAAAUGGCUUUCCAGGGCCCCAGGGGCCGUACUACUGUGGAGUGGGAGCUGACUGUGCCUAUGGCAGAGACAUCGUAGAGUGCCACUACAAGGCCUGCCUCUACGCUGGAGUGGAGAUCUGUGGCACUAAUGCUGAAGUCAUGCCAUCACAGUGGGAGUUCCAGGUGGGUACAUGUGAGGGGAUAGCGAUGGGAGAUCACCUGUGGAUGGCUCGGUUCCUGCUGCACCGUGUGUGUGAGGACUUUGGGGUGGUGGCCUCGCUGGACCCCAAACCCAUGAAAGGGAACUGGAAUGGUGCUGGCUGUCACACAAACUUCAGCACAGAAGGCAUGAGAGCAGAGGGGGGACUAACACACAUUGAGGAGGCCAUUGAGAAACUCAGCAACAGACACAAAGAGCAUAUCCUUGUGUACGAUCCUCGUGGUGGACAGGACAACAUGAGGCGCCUCACUGGCAAGCACGAGACCUCCAGCAUCGAUGAGUUCUCUGCCGGCGUGGCUAAUCGUGGGGCUAGCAUCAGAAUCCCGCGACAGGUCGGUCAGGAGAAAUGUGGGUACUUCGAAGACCGCCGGCCUUCAGCGAACUGUGACCCGUACGCGGUAACUGGCGCCAUCGCUCGCACCUGCCUCCUGCUUGAAGCGGAAAAAGUUGAAGAGCCUUAAGGAAGGGCAGGGGUGCAGAAUGGAGGGUGUCACGUUCAACAGUCCAUUAAAUAUUUGGAAAAUAAGUUAAGCUGAGGCUCCAAUGUUUUGCCUCCGUGCUGCAAGUAAAUAAAUGUGGUCCUUUUGCUAUGGCCGAUAAACUUAUAUGUUUUGACUUGUUGUAGCCUUUGCGUAAUUUCAAAUUUCAAUGAACAGGCUUCAUUUUUUUUUUUUACAAUAGAUAAGGUUGACUCAGGUCUAGGCUUACCAAGGCAUCAAUGAUGAACGGUAACCUUUAUUUUGCCUAAAGACCACCUUCAUGUUUGGAUAGUAGACUUAUGAUGCGUUCUUACAUGCUGGUGACCGAUCAGUGCCUGGCAGCAUAACUAUGAAUUUGAGAAUGUAUACAAUCGUUUGAGAUGGUGGCAGUUACAUAAUAUGUGUGCUGUUUUAAUGUGAGUUGUGGGUUUUUGAGUGCAGUGUUUACAUUAGGAGUAACUACUACUAAACUAGUCAACGCCUUCUUGCUCAGAACUGUGCCGUUUUGACUGUGAUUUACUUACGCAAUUUAGCCACAAGGUGUCAGUCCCUCCUUUCUUGGAGCUAUUUACAGGCCCGCUGUCAUAUUUGAUGAAGGUGUGGUUGUUGCUUUGUUAUUUUUAUUGUGGUCAUCAUCUACCUUAAUAAAUCUUCUUUUCCUUAA